AUGGUGCCAUUUUUCAGUGGUUCACAUUUCAAUCCAGCAUUCACCAUAGCUGUCCUCCUCUGUGGUGGAAUAGAGCUGAAAAUGGUGGCGCUGUACCUGAUCUCCCAGCUGACUGGAGGUUUACUUGGUGCAGUCAUGGCCAACGGAAUGACCUCAAAUGAGAAAUAUGCACAAGCUCAAGGUGCGGCAUUUACGGUUCUCCAGGCUGAUGAGCUUAUUAUGAAGGCGUUAUUUGGAGAAAUUGCCAUGACGUGUCUAGUUACCAUGGUGGUCUUACUGGGUGCAGUUAAAGCCAAGAGCAAAAGUCCUUUGGUUCCAUUUUUGGUGGGCUGCACAGUCAUUAUUAAUAUACUAGUGGGCGGUGAUGUGUCUGGUACAUGCUUGAAUCCUGCAAGAGCGCUGGGUCCUGCAGUGCUGACCAACUACUGGACUCACCACUGGGUUUACUGGGUGGGACCCAUUACUGGUGGCCUUAUCGCUGCUGCAUUAGUCAGAAUUUUGCUUGGUGACAACACCACCCGUCUACUGAUGAAGUAA